AUGGGCAAAACAAACCCUCAUCCCUUCGACCCUUUGACACCUCAGGAAAUAAGAUCAACCGCCAAUCAUGUUCGGGCUGCAUUCCCUGACCAGGAGGCCUACUUUCGAGUUAUCACUCUCGCAGAACCACCCAAGACCGACAUGAUAGCGUUCCUAGACGCUGAGCAUGAUGAGGGAACCUUACCAACAAGUCCAUCUCGGAUUGCUCUGGUACAGAUGUUCCUAGGUCCUCGAGAUGGCGAACACUUUUAUCAACUCAAGGUCAAUGUGGACUCGGGUGCCAUUGCUCAAAAAGAACAAUUGCUUGGCUGUCACCCUCAUGUCGAUGCCGAGGACAUGAAAAAUAUAGAGCGAGCGUGUCUCAACGAUCCGGGUGUGCAAGCCGCAGUCAAAGACAUGCAGUUACCUGAUGGUGCUGUGGUCAAGAUCGAGCCAUGGACCUAUGCGACCGAUGGCAUGAAUGACAUGAGCCAAAAGAUUACCAUGUGCUAUUUCUACAUGCAGCUCAUAAGCCAUUCGGACGCAAACCAUUAUGCCUAUCCUUUAGACCUCUGUGUCGAAAUGUCCGGAGACGCUCGGGUUCUUAAGAUAUUUUAUCUUCCGGCGGGCACCUCGAACGAUAUCAGCAUGACCGCAACGCCAUAUGAUCAAAGAAAAGUUCAUGACGCCAGCAUUGAAUAUCACCCUGACUUGGUCCCAACACAUCGCACAACCACGAAGCCGUAUCAUGUUUCUCAGCCACAAGGACCAUCAUUCGUCACCGAAGGCAAUCUCAUCAGAUGGGAGAAGUGGUCCUUUCGUGUGGGAUUCAACUAUCGAGAAGGCAUCACGCUGCAUGACGUCAGGUACGCUGGCCGAAGCCUGUUCUAUCGACUGUCGCUUUCGGAAAUGUUUGUUCCUUAUGGAGACGGUCGAAUGCCCUAUGCCCGGAAGGCGGCCUUCGAUUUAGGGAACGAUGGUGCGGGAAUCAAUGCAAACAACUUGCAACUCGGCUGUGAUUGCCUGGGUCAUAUCAAGUACUUUGAUGGCUGGCACACGACAAGCAGUGGUGAUCCCAUUCAUAUCCCUAACGCCAUUUGUUGUCACGAAAUCGAUGAUGGCAUUCUUUGGAAACAUACAAAUUUUCGAACCGGAAACGCUGUCGUCACACGCUCGCGAGUUUUGGUUCUUCAGACGAUCAUAACCGUUUCAAAUUAUGAGUAUAUUUUUGCCUUUCACUUCGGCCAGGAUGCAUCUCUACGUUACGAGGUACGAGCGACAGGCAUCGUGUCGACAGUUCCUAUCAACAUUGGAGACAAAGUCCCGUUUGGCACGACCGUCGCGCCAGGAGUCAUGGCCCCGUAUCACCAGCAUCUCUUCUCUCUGCGAAUCGACCCGGCUAUCGCGGGCCAUAAUAACUCCCUGGUUGUAGAAGAAUCCCAUCCCAUGCCACUUCAAGAUGCAGAUGUUCAUAAUCCAUUCGGGGUAGGAUAUACGACAGAAUCACGAAUUGUCGAAACCGAAUCUGGCCUAGAUCUUGACCACACGGUCAACAGAGUCUUCAAGGUGAUCAAUGAGGACGUCAUCAACCGAAUUACGGGAGGUCCUGUUGGAUACAAACUCUCACCUUGCUAUAGCCAAUUGCUUCUCGCUCAUCCAUCGUCCUAUCACGCCAAAAGAUCGGAAUUUGCCGCCCACGCUGUCUGGAUUACCCGGUAUAAGGACGAUGAGUUGUUUGCAGCAGGUCAAUGUACGAUGCAAUCUUUGGGUGGUCAAGGAAUUGACUCGUGGAUCAAACGUCGCCGGGAGCAGAAAGAAGUCACAAACGUCAGAAACGAAGACAUCGUCAUUUGGCACACCUUUGGCUCGACACACAAUCCUCGUGUGGAAGAUUGGCCUGUCAUGCCCUGUGAGAAAAUGGUCGUCGGGCUUAAACCUGUCAAUUUCUUUACGGCAAACCCGGCGAUGGAUGUGGCUGUGUCAACGCAGGAAAAGAACCAGAGUGUCUUGGUCCAUGACGGCACUCCGGUGACGAAUGGUCACUGCUCAUAG